AUGUUGAGGCAACAACACAGGGCCAGUGUGCCUGCUCUAGGAGACUGUUACACACCUCUAAGCAGAGACAAGAUGAAUCUUCCAGUCCUGCCUUUCAUUCUGCUGGUCUUUUCUACUGUCCAUGCCUUCCAGUAUUCAGAGCUUGUGCAGUACAUUGACAUGCAUCAAGAAGAAUAUGUGGAGGCUCUCCAGGACUGGGUUGCAAUCGAAAGUGAUUCCAGCAACGUCUUGAAGAGACCAGACCUACAUCGCAUGAUGGAGAUGGUGGCUCAGAAGGUGAGACUGAUGGGAGGGACUGUCGAGCUGGUGGACAUCGGAGAACAAGAACUUCCUGAUGGGCAGACGCUAGCGUUGCCUAAAGUGGUGACAGCUCAGUUUGGAAAUGACACAAACAAACACACAGUGUGCGUCUACGGUCAUGUGGACGUCCAGCCAGCAAAGCUAGAAGACGGUUGGGCAACAGACCCCUACAACCUUACUGACGUCAAUGGUAACCUGUAUGGAAGAGGAGCAUCAGACAACAAGGCUCCAGUUUUAGCCUGGAUUCAUGCUGUGGGGGCUUACCAGGCCCUCAAUAUGGAGCUGCCCGUCAAUGUGAAGUUUCUCAUUGAGGGUAUGGAGGAGACAGGCUCCAAUGGCCUGGACGCUAUGAUUGUGGCCCAAAGAGACACCUUCUUCUCUGAUGUAGAUUACAUCAUUAUCUCUGACUGCGGCUGGCUCAGCAGAAGGCCUGCCCUCACCUACGGCACCAGAGGAAACUGCUACUUCUUUGCUGAGGUUGAAGGACCCAAACAGGACUUACAUUCUGGUGUUUAUGGAGGAACUGUGAUCGAACCAAUGACUGACCUCAUUGGCAUUCUUGACACACUGAUCAGCCCCAGCGGUAAGAUCCUGAUUCCUGGGAUCAGGGAGGCUGUGGCUCCCCUCUCUGAUGAGGAAUGGAAAACAUAUCAGGAGAUCCAAUUUGACAUUGACAACUACAAGAACAAGACCGGUAUCGACCAGCUCAUGUACAACAAUAAGGUGGACUUGUUGGCCCACAUGUGGCGCUACCCUACUGUCUCCAUCCAUGGCAUUGAGGGGGCCUUCUCUGACCCUGGCACAAAGACUGUCAUCCCUGCUAAGGUUAUUGCUAAGUUCUCUAUCAGACAAGUUCCUAACAUGGACCCUGCUAUGGUCAAGAAACAGGUAACAGACUACCUUCACUCAGUGUUUGCCAAGCGAAAGAGCCCCAAUAAGCUGAAAGUCACCAUGGUGAUCGGGGCCAAGCCUUGGCUGGCUGACACUCGGCAUCCUCUCUAUGAGGCUGGAAAGGCUGCUGUCAAGAGAGUUUUUGACAUGCAUCCUGAUCUGAUCCGCGAGGGCGGGACCAUCCCUAUUGCCCGGACCUUCCAGGAUGUGACGGGGAAAAGCAUCAUCAUGAUGCCCAUCGGAGGCUUUGAUGACGGGCUGCACUCCCAAAAUGAAAAAAUCAGCCGGUACAAUUAUAUUGAGGGAACCAAGUUAUUUGUGUCCUACCUGCAUGAAGUAUCUCAGAUUAAGCAGACCAAAGUGUGAUUCAAUCCAUUACUAAAUGACCUCAUAACUCAUUCCAGCCACAGUGCCCUCUACCUGACACUAUCUAUCUUUGAGACGCACCAAUCAGAAGUAAUAGCAAAUGUAAUGUCAUUUGCUAUUACUUCUGAUUGGUCAAAAUGUCUGAAUUCACCUGACUUUUCUCAUCACUCACUUUGCACAUGGCAUAUUUAUUUUAAUGCUUCAUAUAA